UGGAGGUGAAGCCAGCGCUAGGAAAGCCUUGUUUCAGACCAGAAGAUCUGGGCAAAAGACAGGGAUUGUACAAACGCGCAACUUGAACCUGGCUUCAGCAGAGGGGCCUGGAUUUAGGCGCGGGUCUCCCAAGACGCCAGAGGGCGCUGCAGGAUCAGCCCCGAAGCCAGCACCCCUAGGUGGGACAGCAGCGGACGCCCGACUUCGUCUUCCGGAAGCGGAGAGGCGGACCCGCGACGAGUGCGUCAAGACCUAGGCAGAAUCUGCGAGGCGCAGGGGACCCGGGUCCGCCGUCGGCGCCGAGGUGGAGCAGGAUGGACGAGGCCGGCAGCUCAGCGGGCGGCGGCGGCAGCAGCUUCCGCCCGGGCGUGGACAGCCUGGACGAGCCUCCCAACAGCCGCAUCUUCCUGGUCAUCAGCAAGUACACGCCCGAGGCGGUGCUGCGGGAGCGCUUCUCGCCGUUCGGCGAGAUCCAGGACAUCUGGGUGGUGCGGGACAAGCACACGAAGGAGUCCAAGGGCAUCGCCUUCAUCAAGUUCGCCCGCAGCUCGCAGGCCUGCAGGGCCAUGGAGGAGAUGCACGGACAGUGCCUCGAGCCCAACAACACGAAGCCCAUCAAGGUUUUCAAUGCUCAGUCCAGAUCGUCUGGAAGUCACUGAGAUGUUAAAGAUGAAGGACUUACAAGAAUCUUUGUUAUGAUACCAAAAUCCCACACAGAAGAAGAUCUGAGGGAAAAAUUUAAGGUGUAUGGAGACAUUGAGUAUUGCAGCAUUAUUAAGAACAGAGUCACUGGAGAAAGUAAAGGUUUGGGCUACAUGCAAUAUUUAAAACCAUCACAAGCUUCAUCAAUAGAAAACCAUGAUUGAAGUUUUAGGGCAGUCUUGGCUGAACCAAAAAACAAACCAUCUGAAUCCGCAGAACAAGAUUAUUAUAGUAAUAAGAGGCAAGACCCUUUGGGACAUGAACCUAGAGUAAAUAUGUUUCCAUUUGUCGUUUUGGUAACCUGAUCGAAGUGUACCUCGUGUCAGGAAAAAACGUGGGUUAUGCCAAGUUUGCAGAUAGAAUGAGCGCCAAUGAUGCCAUUGCAACCUUGCAUGGGAAGAUUCUGAAUGGGGUCAGACUUAAAGUUAUGCUCGCAGAUUCCCCAAGAGAAGAGUCUAACAAGCGGCAGAGAACUUACUGACUCUCAG